CGUGGCUAUCUCUUUUUACUGCACCGUGUUUGUCCCUUAUUGAUGACGCCACCGAAAUUAAAAAUGGCGCUGUCCUGUAACAGUCACGCCGCGAAUCGAUUUGAUCACAUUCAGCCUCUAGAUGGUUUCUCUGGCCGUGUUUGACUUCCAAUGAAUGAAUGACAGACAAAUAUUUCAUAACUGGUAGAAACACCAGGAAGUUCAGCUGAUGCCUCUAUUUGCUGGGUUGUGUUUUAAUUUGGGUUCCUCAGUUAAAAUGACAUCAGGGCUGGCCAGAGUGUGUGCAGCAUGCUCCAUAAGACAUAAGAUCAACCCGAGGAACCUCAGAAUCUCUUCAUUAGUUUGCACUAAGUGGUUUUGGACAGGUCCAAAAAGCCCAGAUGGUGGAGAUGAUGACAGUUCAGGAGAACCAGGUCCAACGCUUCCUCCAUUCUCAAGGAGAGCCUUUCCAUUUGGGAGGCGACCCUUGUCACCUUUAGAGAGGGUGAGUCAGAUGGUACCAGAGGAAUUGUUAAACAAGGAGGUCUGGGAACUCAGACGGAAUAGCCCAGUGCAUGAAAGUGAAGAUAGCAAGGUUCCAGAGAAGCUCAUGGAGGAUUCAGAUGUUGAACAACCUGGAGAUCAUAUGGCACAUGCUCAUGUUCUACCCGGGGAGCGUGCAGUGUGUUUUGGAGAAGUCCUGCUCGCAGAGUACCGCCGCAAACGAAGGCUGGAGUUGCAGAAGAUGUUCCAGCUGGAGAAAGGAUCGAAGCUGGGGAGCAACGUUGGCUUUAUUGCUCAUGAUGCUGUCCAGGGCUGCCGGGCCGGUACGGUUCUGCGCACCAGCUUGGGGCUCCCAAUGCUCAUCCGCAGACCCAGUCUUGAAGAGUUCACACUCUUCAUGAAACGAGGACCUGCUAUUGCUUAUCCAAAAGACGUCAGCGCCAUGCUGAUGAUGAUGGAUGUGAAUGAAGGAGACUGUGUGCUGGAGUCGGGGUCUGGAUCCGGCGCCAUGAGCCUCUUCCUGUCCCGAGCAGUGGGCUCCAGAGGAAGCGUUCUGAGUGUGGAAGUUCGAGCAGAUCACCACCGACGUGCUGUGUUGAACUACGAGCGCUGGCGUUCGUCCUGGAGGCUGCGCAGUGGGAACGAGUGGCCUGAAAACGUCCACUUUCACCUCGGAGAUCUCAUAAACUCCGCCCCCUUGUUUAACGGGCGGAGCUUCAAUUCCGUGGCUCUGGAUAUGGUUAACCCUCAUUUGACUUUACCCACAAUCACCCCAUAUCUCCAUACAGGAGGUGUGUGUGCCAUCUAUCUAGCCAACAUCACGCAGAUCAUCGACUUGAUGGAGGGAUUACGAUGUUCUGCGCUCCCUCUGGUGUGUGAACGCAUCUUCGAGGUGCAGUACCGGGACUGGCUUCUUGCGCCGUCGCUCAAAAAAGACGGCUCUUUCAACCAGCGCAAGAACUCUUCAGGCGAAGAAGCGACGGAGAGAGAGAACGACGUUUUGAGCGACGAAGUGAAAGAAGGACAAGACAGUCCAGCACACUUCCCGUUUGGGAGCGUUCCAUACAUCGCUCGUCCACAUCCCGAGCAGAACGGACACACAGCAUUCCUUGUGAAAUUGAGGAAAAUAUCCAGAUAGUUCUUUUCUAACUUCGGCAACCACCAAGACCCCAAGGAGAAGCAUUUGCAAACGAUGGCCCUCUUCUUUUUUUUUUUUUUUUUUCUUUCUUUUUUUUUUUUAAAUAAAUAUAUAAUAGAAACCACAUUGUCCUGAUUUGAGAUUGAGAAUAUUCUGAUAUUAUAUUCAUUCAGUGAAAAUGUAUUGUAUGGGGGAAAAAACAAAAACAAGAUAAACCCAUAAAUGCAUAGGUUUCAUUGAUAUUUAUUUAUGCUGAAACGCAAUGCAGUAAUAUUUCAUAGACGAUAGUUAAAUAACAAAUGAUUUCCGUGCUGUACAGAAGAGCAGCAGAGUAUUUAAUAAAUAACUAUUGAAAUGAAAAGACGUGUGACAAGAGGAAAAGUGCAUGUGAACAGUUAAAUAAAUACAUAAGCCUUUGUACAUGAA